UUUAUAUUUACCAGGAAUUGUUUAUUUUUUCUCUCAAUGUCUUCUAGUUCUAGGCGGCCAAAGCUUAAGUCUUUAGGUCUUCCCCACUUGGGAGUCUUCUUGUGUAUCCUAUCCUAGAUUUAUUCCAAGUUCUGCUUUUUCCGUGCAUUACAUUUUGUCCUGAUAUAAGUAUUGUAGGAAGCCCUUGCAGUUGUGUUUCUCAUUGCCAAGCUAUGCAUUCCUUCAUCUUCUUCAUCCUCUUCUGUACUUCCAUCUUUCUUAAGACCGAAGCCUCCACUGAAAUCUGUGAAACAAAGAAGUGUGCUACUGGGGCUCCUGAAAUCCGUUUUCCUUUCCGAGUAAAAAGCCAGCACCCCCAACACUGUGGUCACUGUGGUUUUGAUCUUGACUGCAGCAACAACGAAACCACAAUCCACAUCCCAUCUUAUGGUGAAUUGGCUGUGAAAUCUAUCUCCUAUGAUAGCAUGAAACUUGAGCUUAUUGACCCCAAGAAUUGUGUCCAUGGAGUCUUUCUUAAUCUCAAUCUCUCCCUCACACCAUUUCAAUACUACUAUGUCAUGAAAGAGUACUCAUAUCUCAACUGUUCUGUUAGGCUACCGAGAUCUUUCACAGAAAUUCCCUGCUUGAGUGGCUCUGGAUACCAUGUUUACACUGUUAAGCCAACAUUCGCCGUACCAAAUUCUUGCAGGGUAGUGAAAACUGUUCCUAUUCCAUUCAAGUAUAGUCCCUAUCUGGCUGACAAUAGUUUUGGUCUGGGAUUAACCUGGAACUUACUUGGGCAUGAAGAUUCUCAUGAAGCAAAAGUAGGUUCAUUGCAGACUGAAAAAGAACAGGAAACGGAUUGCUUCACUAUGGCACAUGUUAAAGUGUGUAUUGCAAUUCUUAUUUUUGUGGCGGCAGCAGUUAUCAUACGAGUAAACAUGAAUCAGACCAGAAAACUUCAUUAUCAGAAACAAAGGGAAAAUCAAAUUCAGGUUGAGGAACUACUAGGAGAGUACAUCGCUAAUAUGAGUGGAAGAUCAGAUGAAGCUGACCUUAAGCAAAGCAACAGUCAGCAUCAAACAGUUAUAGAUAUUAAGAUAUUGAAGAACCAGAAAGUGCAAGUAUGAGAUUUAAAGCAAAACAAAUAUCUUGCAUGUUAAGUUGCAGUUGUGAUGUUGAUGUUCUACACCACGCCUCCUAUGGAAAGAAGAUCGGGCCAAUACACAAAAGGCAUUAAUCUAAAAGGAUCCGUUGGAUAAUAUAUUUUCCGUUGUGUAAUAGGAUAGAGAUUUCAGUACCCUAUAGUUUUACCUGUUUUCAGUCGUAAUAACCAUCCAAAGUUGAAGCAGUCACCCCAGAAUUUUAUUCCAGCGUGAUAUGUGUCUGCAGUUAGAGUAAGCAUCAUCUAAUUUGAAACCACAAACUGUGCUAUGAGUAUAUGAAAAUGGAAAGAACUACGAUGACAGAGAGUAUGUUAGGUUCUAAACAUAGUGCAAAUCCGAUCAACAGCAAGCAAACAUGAUGCA